AUGGGAAUUCCGGCGACGAACGGACGGAAAAUAAGUGUCCCGCCAAGACGAGGUGAAGUUAAAGCUGCGAUUUUUAACAAACUGUUGAAAUCAGUUGUCAUGUUGAUGGGUGAUUUGGGGAAGAAAAUUGGCCUCAUUAGUCCACGUGAAGAUGAAGUGUCUUGCUUUUGUGUCUUCAAUGUACACCUCACGUUUAGCUGUCUUGAUUAUUUCAAGAUCUUACUUCAUUGCUCACAAAAUGUAUCUCCUUUCUCGAGCAUUCAUUCUAGGGGCUCAAAAAUAUUUCCUAACUUCGUAUCGUUUAUGGAGAGCAAGGAUUCUAGUGAUUGUACUGAGCAGGCACUUUUUGAUGAAUUGAAGGCUUUGGAAGAGCAUCUCAAGGCUCAUGGACCAUAUGUCAAUGGGCAGAAUGUUUGUUCAGUUGAUAUGAGCUUGGCUCCAAAACUGUACCAUCUCAAGGUGGCUCUUGGACACUUCAAGAAGUGGAGUGUGACUGAAAGCUUGACUCACGUGCGUAAUUACAUGAAGGAUUUCGUUGGAAAUAUGUCGUGUUUCUUGUUCUAUUCGAGGGAUGUUGCAGCUUCUGUCGUUGUAGAGAUGAAAAUUGUCUUUAUUUAUUUGACACAUUGGCCGUAAUGCAAAUGAUGAGAUUGUCAAGUAAUGAGUAUGAAGGAUCACCAUUCUAUUGAUUUGGCUGGUGUCGUAGGUGCUGAAGUUUUGUUUGAUUCUCCAGCAGAAAAGUAUGAGGAGAAAAAGAAAAAUAGAAUUGCUUGCUAAGAGUCCUGAUGGCACCACUGAUGGUGUAUUAUGACCAUUGAUUUCAUUCUCUUCAACGGUAAAGAAACCUCUUGGUAUAGCGUUAGAAUGCAAUAAUCAAACAUGGUACAGUUAAGUCUCCUGCUACAGAUGGAACCUUUAGUCCUUGCUAUUUUGUAAUAAAUAAUUUGCAGGUGUAAGAAUCAAAUUUUAAUGAUUGUAUUCUUUUUAGUAAGAAUCAAAUUUUAAUGAUUGUAUUCCUUUUAA